GAUCCGUUCGAAUGUUCAAUACUUACAGUACCAAUCACUCCGUGUCUGGAAACAGCAUGGCUCGAGGGAUUCAUUGAACGAAGGAAGAAUCCUGAGACACUUUGACAGUGCACUGGAUCGAGUCAUACGAGAGCUUUGACCUGCCAAACGCAUAUCGCGCCACAGACACUGUGGCGCGGGACGUGUUUGACGAAGGACAAAGAGAUCAAAGAAACAUGACUCUUCAAUAUAUAAGUCCUAACUCAAAGGUCCCUGGCGACUUCUUCUCACCUUCCACACUCUUCUCUCAUUAACGCAAUCAGCGCUUUCGCUUUUGCACACUACCGAUACGAUGUCUUCACGACGCACAUCUUGGUCCUCUUGGGACACCAGCCUUCGCGAACGUCUUGAUGAUUACGAUACCUCUGAGGCUUCUUCUGAGCUUUCCGAGUCUACUCUCGUUGGUUCUGCCUUAGGUGCAGACGAAGUCCGUGAUGACGCCACACAGGAUUCAUAUUCCCUUUCAGAAUGUAGCGCCAUUGACUUGAGACUCCGAGCACUUGGAUCCCAGACUAGUAUCGACUCCGUGUCCGCCUAUGAUGAACCCGAUAGCCUCCACGACGCCAUAGCUGAUGUCGGAAACCUCUAUCAUAGAACCACUACUGUUGGACCAUCUUCCGUCUAUUCCAGCGAACCUGGUGGCCCCAUGGUUGACGUGACUGGCGUCGGAAAUCUCUACCAUAGGACUGAUAGCUCUGCGUACGAUCUAGAAGAAGGCAUUCGGGGACUUCGGAUUAUUCAAGACGAUGCACCCAUUCCGCCUCCAAACCUUUUCCAUUACCCAACGGGUGGCUACCCUGACUACAACGAUGAUGAGUACGAGGACUACAACUGCGAAUCUGAAGCUGACGACACUCCUGCUCACCUACGCAUCCAAAUCAGUGGUCCUUAUUCCGACGACACGAACCCUCUUCCGCCUCACAUCAUUAACAAAGCCCUUCCUCCAACGCCUCAAGAACCUACGCCUCUCCCUCGACUCCCACCACCGACUCGGAAGCUGUCGCUCAAAGGAAUCAAACGCAGGAUUUCAGGAAUAGUCCAAGGUCGCCGUCGUACCAGUUCUGAUUCCACUACUAGUGUCUCUACCUCUCGAUCUGGUUCUCCAUUGUCUCAAGUGGCCAGCUGGGAUCACGAUGGGAUGGAAGCCAGUACUAGUACAAGUAGGUCUCGUUCUCCAGCACUGACUGCUAAGUUCCGUUCCCUUGACUUGGGCCGGAAGAGGACCUCUGUUGAAGAUGAGGGUCAGAAUGAGACUCCGACGCUGCAGACGUUUAGGGUGGGAGAGACGAAGAUGUUGUCUUUGGAGGAAGCGAUGAUGAGAGAUGAUAUCGUACAUCGGCCAGAGGGUUUCGAGAUCGAUGAACUCAAGAGGGCUCAUGCUCGAGGCAAGGGUCGAGAUCUCUUGUCCUAAUUUCCCGUUUCUUGUUCGUUACUAGUGCGUAUACCCUUCACAUCAUCAUUCCACUCGUUGACCACAGACGUCUUUUCAGAUGACCCCUUUGAUGAGACCACGACGAACUUUCUUGUAUCAUCCUAUCUUGUGCUCUUUUUAACCUUUUCGAACUGUAUUAUAAGAACUUAGACGUUCUAAUACGUCGUUUUAUUAUUGAAGGUGUUCUCUCUC